AUUGAAUGGAAUAUUCGAGGUGUAGGAGAAGAGGUUGAGUGCGUAUCUGCGAAGGAUUGAGGACAUGACGCCUGGUUCGAGCGGGGGGGGGGGGGGGGGGGGGGGGGGGGGGGGGGUUCAUGCAUGUCCCAAGAGAAGAGAACGCUCUUGCGGACGCGCUGUCCAAGCUGGCGACCGCUACCAACUUCAAGUCUGAGAGGCACGUCAUCGUUUCAAAGGAACACUCGUUGGAGGAAUCUGUGGUAGGGGCGAUCGAGGUGGAAGACGCUGGAGAAGAAAGCUGGAUGACUCCAAUCAGGGCGUACCUUCUCCAUGGGACAGUCCCCGAGGAUGCAAGGCAAGCGUGGCAGGUGAGGCGCAAGGCGGCUCGCUGCGCCAUCCUUGACGGUCAAAUGUACAAGAGGUCACACUCAGGGACGUACUUGAGGUGCCUCACGAAAGGGGAGGCGGAGAAGGCGAUAGCGGAGGUGCACCAAGGCGCGUGUGGCAUGCACGCACGGGGGAGGAGUCUUGAGAAAGUGCUGUUACGUCAGGGAUACUACUGGCCUUCCAUCAGGAAGGAUGCCAAGAGCCAUGUGGACAGCUGCCACCAGUGCCAGAUUCAUGCCCACGAUGUUCACGUGCCCCAGACGCCUAUGCAGGGCAACGUGGGCGCGUGGUCAUUCUCGCAAUGGGGGAUGGAUUUGCUAGUACCCUUCCCCAAGGAGCCUGGGCAAAUGAAAUACUUGAUCGUGGUAACCAUAUUAACCGGUAGCAUUCGGUUAAUUUGGAUAAUUGGUUUGGUUAAAUAAUUUAGCUUAUUUGGCUUAGGUGGUUUGGUUUGGUUUGGUUUGGUUUCAACACUGCUAACCAAUGAAACCAAUUAAUGAUA